UCCAAGAGUUCCUUCCGAGCAGUCCAGUUUUUCGUUCGCGCUUCACGCAACUCAGAACUUGCAAGUCGAAACGGCAGCCUUUUUUUCUAAGCUCGGCCAAGUGUCAAAUAAAUCAGAAUCGGGAGGACUUGUCGCAACAAGUUUAGGACUAGCACGCGCGUUCGAGAUCGUCACAGAAAUUCGCGAUCGCGAACUGCUUCGUGCACCGAAAACCGUGUGGAUUACCGAUUUUUGUGGUUCCAGACGCGCGAUCUUCAGGAACAACACACUUCGUGAUCGUGUGCGAGAUUGGCUUUUGUUUUGCUGUGUUUUGUGUGUUUUUUUUCGUUGCCUCGGAUUUUGGGCAAGAGUGUUUCGCAACCGAGAACAAUCAAUUGCACCUCGUCGUCGGCGACGACGAAGCGACGGCACAGCAAAAGGUCGUGCGAAGAAGGGUCCCGAAAGCGAUGAUAACAGUUAAUUGCUGAAAAAUCUCGGAGCUCGGAGAAGGAUUUGCUGAAAGCCUCGGGAAAGUGUAACACGAGAUUUCGGACCCGAGAGUGAGGAGAAAGGGUGGCCGUGUACUUAAAAGUCGUUUAAAAUCCGCCAUCUGAGCCAGAGACGGUGGACGGAGUCCGAAGUUUCGGGCGCGCGAUAGAGUCGAAAAAGCAGGCAGAUAAGCCGCGCGCCGUGCUGGUCUUCUAGACCUCCGGAGAUUUCGGCUGGACCCGGGGACCGAAAAAAGGGCCCGAAAACGCGCUCGCAGAGGCAACGAGUGAGGAACCUCGAAGAGGCUCAGAAGAAAACAAAAAAAAAAUAUGAAAACGAGAUAGUUUCAAAAGAGCGCUCAACGGGACAACGGAGCAGCAAAAAGAGAGAUGUUUUCGAAAAACGACGGCCGCCAAGGACCGGCGGAGGCGCAACGACGGUGACGAAGCCCGGGCUACACAGAUCAACGCCGAGUGUGUGUCUUUUAUGAAUAAUUAAACAUAUGGAAAGUGUUGAGGCGACCAAGACGACCGACCUGAGCUGAGAGCUCCCUAAACGCCGCCGUAAUUUGAGCUGAUCGCCCGGGAGAGUUUCCAUUUUGUUCGGGACGACGGAUGACCGCCGUGUGCCUUUCGGGUAGGGGAAUGAAAACUUCGAGUGAAGUUCAAGUACUUUAACUUGUUCAACUUUUGCUGUGCACUCCGUGUCGAGAGAGGAGUUUCGGGAAUUUGCCGCAGCGCAGCAUCACCACGAAGAAUCCCUCGGAUCGUGGAGGUGGAGAAGACCGCACUGUGUGGAGGGAAAAAUUCUUGCCAGAAGAAAUUGUGGGUGUAAGAAAAGAUAAAAAUAAGCGCUCCCCCGAAACUAACGUGGUGAAGAACGUGUGCGGGGUACAAGUGGUGAAGAUUUUGGGGGCCUGAAGAACUGGGAAGAAGAAUCGAGCGCGCGUUAGCGCUGAAGACGAGGAGAAGAAAAAAAGGUUCAAAGUUUGCUUACAGAAAAACGAAAAACGAAACGAAGCUGUUGUGAACCAUAAUUGCGAUAGUAAUAACCACAAAAUUGUGAUAAUCUAUAUAUGAUCUACGGCAAGAGCAGAAGGGGAUCGCAAGAAGUGUACGUGAAGUGACCACGCAGAGACGUGCCCAAACAAAAAGAAUCUCUAAUAAUGUGUAAUUUUUCAAAACAUAUCAUAAUAACACUCGAUACAAACGCUCGCGACGGAUUGACCAGCGGACGACGUGCAGGAAGCAGCAACAGCCACCGUCCUAUCCGCGUCAACAAGUGUGUAACAAGCGAAGAGAUUUAAUAGGAUUGUAAAAAGUUUAUCACUCGAAUAAAUCAAUUAUAAAUCGAGACACGGCAGCAUCGCUGCGCGCGCUCACUCUAGGGCAGAAGCAGGAGGAACACAGAGCGUAGAGACUUGAAGAGAUCCAAACCGGAGUGACGACGACGACGACGAAGACGAAGACGACCAGGAUCGGCCGCGCGCAAAAUGUUUGACGUCCGUACCGUGGAAGCCGGUGGAAGUUGUGAUCAAGAUCGUGAUAGUGAUACAAUGUCAAUCACGGCGCGACGACGACGUGCAUUUCAGCGGCAGGCCUGUCUGUUGAGCGUUAUGGCCGCGUUUUCCCUGGGGCUGGCACUUGGCGUGUUCGUGCCACUAAUUGGUAUGUCACAGGCCGGGGUGGCGGCGAACGCCAAGGGAGCAGCGGGUAGUGGUAGCAGCAGUAGUGGAAGCGCCGGAGAUGGUGAUUCUAGUCCGCGGUACGGCGAGCACCUGCCACACAAGCUGCCGCACUUUCCGACGAUCGACGAUCUGCGGGGGAAGGACUCACCGUACAGCUCGGUGUCCUUUAUCGCGGAGGAGAAGCUGAAGGCGGAGGAUGUGUUCCGGCAUGCGUUCCACAUUGACCAGCGCGAUGCGGACAAGGACACGAUGGUGAUCAAGAAGUUCGAUCCGGAGGAUCGGUACAUCAAGGAGUACACGGUGCGGCGGACUCCGGACGGGUUGUUUCACAAAGGUCCCGAGAAGAAGCUGUCACAGCCGUCGAUAAUCGAGCAGAUUUUGAGCUCGGGGAAGCCGGAAGAGGAGGGUCAGGACGGGGCGAUGGUGGAGAUCGUCGGCCAUAACAAUGAGGCGGAAGACUCGGAAGACAGUGAUGGGGUGAUACUGAACGACAUCUACUGGGGUUCGGCCGUGGAGAACGCACUGCCGAAGGGAUUCGACAAACGACAGAGUGAAGCUUGGACGAGGUAUCUGCAGAAUGCAGAGGUCGAUCACCUGGAGGUGGGAUGCGGCCGUAUGCAGAACCGUAUGGUUGUGUUCCGCGAUGGAACAAGGGCAUGUGCCAGGUAUCGGCAGAACACAGAUCAAAUUCAAGGUGAACUGUUCAGCUUCUAUCUGGGGCAGCUGCUCAACAUCACGAACCUCGCACCGAGUGCAGCUUCCAUCAUCGAUAUGGAAACCAAACUGUGGUCGUCAGUGACAGACGACAUCUCGAACUCGCAGUGGAAGUCCACGAAACCCGUGGUGAUCACCAAGUGGAUCGGAAAUCUGGAACCAGCUGGCAUCCCAAAGCCGUUUCAACCACUAGAGCGACACCUAAACAAGCUAGACGUUAAGAACAUUACUGAAGGGUUGGAUCAACCCAAACCGACUAAAGGACUGUUGGACCGGUUGGGAGCGACUCCCAUCCCGGAGCUGCAACCCAUCCGACCACCGGGAGCCCCAAUCGGCGAACCUGUGCUAAAGCGGCUCGUCGAGCUAGCCCAAUGGUCGGACCUCAUCGUGUUCGACUACCUGAUCGCGAACCUGGACCGGGUCGUGAACAACCUGUACAACUUCCAGUGGAAUGCGGACAUCAUGGCGGCGCCGGCGCACAACCUGGCGCGCCAAACCGACUCCCAGCUGCUGGUCUUCCUGGACAACGAGUCCGGCCUGCUGCACGGCUACCGGUUGCUCAAAAAGUACGAGGCCUACCAUGGCCUGCUGCUGGACAACCUGUGCGUGUUCCGGCGGUCCACGAUAGCGGCGCUGCGCGACCUCCGCGACGCCAACGUCGGCCAGCGGCUCAACGAGCUGUUCGAGGGCACCACCAACGCCAAGAUACGGGACGUGCUGCCACCACUGCCGGAGAAGUCCGUAAAGAUCCUCGUCGACAGGAUUGAUCGAGUGCUAGGUCAAGUGCAAAAAUGUCGUGAAAUUUUCUCCAACCGAUAGCCGAGGUUCGACUCGUUACCGGGGGAUUGAGGUUAUAGGGAGGUAGGAAGAAGUACGCUGGUCGUGUUCAAAAAUUCAAAAAGAAGCCCCCCGCGGGAUCUCCCGCGCUAGCGAUCGCUAGUGAGAUUGGGACCCCUCGGAAAGGAAACCGGCACCACCAGACGUGUGAGGGAGAGAUGGGGAGGGAGAAAGCGUCAUCGUUUGUUUAGUGCUGUUUUGUUGGUUCGUUUGUAUUAUUAUUUUUUUGUUUGUUUGUUGCCGUGCUCCAACUCCUACAACGUGCGCUCUCUUUCACUGUGUGCGCAAUGUAUGACCGUGUGUGUGUGUGCCUCCUGGAAUCGAUUCCCGCAGGUCGGGGCCCCCCAACCGAGUGUGUCCAGGUGACCUCGACGAGUACCUCGCGGUCGUAAGUUUCUUUUGCUCAUAUUUUUUGUUUCGUUCCCCCGUGGCCGCCGUUCAACUUUGAGAUUUAGAAGACUUAUCGCGAUUUUGAGGCUCGCGAAGAACGUUCAGCGAAAGUCGCCAUGAGAAAUUUCGUCAGGCGCUACAGAGAGAGAAAGAUUAAAAAAACAAUAUAAAAUAGUUUGCGAAGAAAACAAACGACUUGAAUGCAUAAAAUACCGUAAAUUUGAAGAUUAGGGCGCAAAAGGCGCCAAUAAUUGCGCGCGAAUGGCGCAUCCACAAACAACCUUACACAGAUUAACUGCCACCUGAAUGUGGCAGUUAACAGUUGUUUUCCCCCCACCCCCAGCCCCAGCGAAACCGCAAACCUGACGGCCCGACGAAUGUGGCAUUUGUAGCCAGCCGGAGAUAAACUGUCCGUCUGUUUGAAGGCGCGCUGGCUGGCUGGUUCAGUUGGGUUCGGGGAUGAUGAUCAAUUUUUCGAGCCUUUCCGUAGAACCACCUCGGCCACACACUCGAAAAAUUGGUGUCGGAACGCGGUGCAGAUGGGCGACCUCGGGCGAUUAGGCGGACUCCGGACCCGAAGAAUGGGGCAUUGUUUGGGAGUAAUUUUUGGGGGGAAG